CAACAGUCUUUAAUGUUAAUACAAAGUGUAAACCAAUUUAUAUGAUUACAAAGGCAAUAAGAGACUAAAUAAUCAAUCAGUGGUAUAUUGAUCAAGAAAUUCUUUUUAUUCAAUGACGACUUUGCAAUUCAAGAUCAGUUUCUCGCUAAGCGAUUAACAUGAGCAGUAAUUUGAUUCCUGAUAUCACGUGACCACAUCUUUUACACAGGUGAAACACCUUGCAUACUUGUGAGCUUCUGUGGCAACUUAGGACGUUAACUCUUGUACAAAGUCAACAGUGAACAACUUGUGAAAUACACAUUUUCAGAUUCAUUGAUAACUCACUUGGUGAACUAUUGUCGAGUGCUGGUCCAUAUAAGGUGCAAAAUACAUUUUAACACAACAUUACCUUUGGUGCAACAACAUGACGGCUGUGCAUUCCUCCGUACAUCCAAAGUCAACUAAAUUACCAUGGGGUACUAUUAUAAAACCGGUGUUUGGAUUAGGCUACCAAAAAAUGAAUGAAUAUGAGAUAGAUCAGACAGUAAACAGGCUAAGCCAGCUUCCAGAACGUAAAAGCAGGCCCUAUUCACGAGUGGGUAAGACGAUGGACAAGGAUGAAAUUAACGAAAUGCUUGAACGAUUAACCAAGGUGAAAAAGGAGAAAAUCCCUGAUCAUGAUAGACGAUUUAUGACGUCCCCGUACAGAGAGAUGGGUGUGGUUAAUUCGUAUGCUUGGAAAGGAUACAAUUGAUAAGCCUGUAGACCAGUUACGUCUUAGCAAAAAAGUUACCGUGUGCCUUCCAUAUGUCAUUUCAAUACAUUUUAUUUUAGCAAACUGUGCUAUCUGAUGUGAGAACUCUUGAAAAUAAAUCAUCUUUACAUAAUUUAAAGGAAGCCAGAUUAUUGACAUUGAAAUGAAACGUAAUGAAACAAUUAUAAGAUUCGAAAGGAAGCGCUUAAUGAUAGACAAAAUCAAUAUUGGGCAGGUGUUUGACACCAUUUUAUCUUGUAUUUUACAACAAACUUUGUACGUGAAAUAAUGAUACUCAGACAUUAACCCUACGUUUUUAAAGAGUAAAUACUUUUUCUAAAUCUAAACGCAAUUGCACAAGAAGACGUAUCAACAUUCAACGCGUAACAGUUUGUCUGCGGUUUCUGUUAAGACUUAAGUAGAUAUGAUGGUAAAUUGUGCCAUGUAAUCAAUUAUUCUUGAACCACGUAUACGUCAAAAUGUGCUGAUACAAAAUAGAUAUGUUUGACAUGUUUUUGUGAAGUUUCCAGAAUGUCCUACCCUAAAUGAGGACAAAACGUUAAUAUGUUAUACCGAGAUACGAUUCGCCUGCCUUAAACAGACGAAUUUCUAAAAGAUGUUUUAAAAGGUAGCGAAAACUUAAAAAAUCAAAUCAAAUUUUAUCUCAUUCUAAGACUUUUUAAGAAAGCAGACACAGGGCAAUAUCUCGAUCAAACAACUGAAAUACAGGACUUUAAUCCACUUUUUUAGGAAAACAAAGCUUUUUGACAUUAUGCUAAGUUCGUUUCAUUUCCUUUCAAAUCAUUUUUGUUUGUAUAUUGCCUUUUAGGUAAACUUAUGUUUUAUUUUGCAACAGUUUACUUUUAGUAUCAUAUACAGUCUUUUGUUUGUUGUCAAGACAAAUGUUACAUGUAUUUUGUAUCAUUUUAUAAAAUGACAAAGAUUGUU